AUAUAAUGUGAUGCAGUUUACAACUAAUGCGUGUGUGUUCUAGUUGCUUUUUGAAAAGGUUUCUUGCUAGAGUUGUCUCUGUAUAAUAAUUUAGGUAUCGUUCCGUUAAUUCCAGUCGAGUUCUAGCAGCACUGGGAUCACUUGCUCAUCUUCACUGCAUGAUGUUGCAAACUGUUGCUCUCUUGUUCCUACUGGCUGGGUGUAGCGCACUGAGGAGAACUCAAACAAAGCACUUGCCAAUGGACGGGCGUCACGGGUAUCCCGAUCCCGAGUCCGUCGUCAAGACGGUCAACAUCGACAGCUCUCAUUCUGCUCACGAGCAGCAAGUCGGUUUAAAAAUCUGGCGCUUCGAUAUCGCAAAGGAAGAAUGUCGCUCGGCGCGCGUCCAUCUCCAACCGUUCGACAUGGCGCCGGGAGAUCACGUCAUCAUCUACGGGAUCGACAGCCGCGGAAAUCGCGUCGGAGUCGAACGCUACAACGGCAAAGGAUUACACGACUACGGACAAGUUAACAGCCGUCGCGUUUGGGCCAAACAAUUGGUCAUAGAGUCACAUGCGAAGAGCAAUCACUCUCACUUCAUUCUUCAAUAUCUUCACUACGCCGACUGCUACCACAUGCAACAACCCCUGAAGCCAGAAGUCGUUUGCGGUCAAAAAGACUGGAAAAACAUCGCUUGCUACGAAACUCUUCCCAAAGUUUUCGAGCUCGGUCCUUCCGUAUUCCGACUGCGAUUUAUCAACAACGGAAGCGCGAAAUUCUGCACGGCGUAUAAAGCCAGCGACGACGGCCGCUUCCUAACCAACUGGCACUGCCUCCGCAACCGGAACAUAACACUGACGGGGGAGCUCGAUUACGAGUACGCCGCCGCGACGUGCGCAGGCACGACGGCGGAGCCGAAAGCGGUGUACCACGUCGACAAAUUCAUUCGAACCAGUUACAGCGAAGUCUUGGAUUAUACCAUCUUCACCGUGCGAGAAAAUACGACCCACAUUAACUGUCUUAGAAGCACUAGCGUGGCACCGAACACGAGCGAAAUCAUCUUCAUCAUCCAUCAUCCUUUGGCAGAGAUAAAAAAAGUAUCUAUUAAAUCGGACAUGGACGUGGGAGGGUAUUGUAAGAUUCAACCGACUUGCAUCAGAAGUAACGACUUCUGCUACUUUUGCGACACUGAGCACGGUUCAUCGGGAGCUCCUGUGUUCUAUAAAUUUGAUGGCCAAAUGAGUGUUUUUAGUCUUAAUCAUGGAUCCGUCAAAGUGGACCCGGCGGAGUGCCCCAACGCUGGGGUAAAGAUGAGUCUGAUUUUGGACGACGCGAAAGAGUAUCUUGGAGUGUGCAGCAGCAAGUGAGCGAUGAUCAGACGUUGGCUGGUUGUAACGCAUCGUCUGUCAACAGCAGCAGAAAGACAAUGAACAAAGUCACAGUUUCGUUUAGCGUAGCGUGGCUGCUGCUCUCUAGUGGUCUUCUUGUUUGAAUUAGGAAUGUUUCUUUUACGAAUGUUUGUUUCUCUAUAGACAGUAAAUUUGCGUGUUUUUGUGUGUAGUUAAACAAACAACUGGGCUGCAUUGAAUCAAUAGUUCUA